AUGGGAGGUUGUCCACAACAAACACAAUCACCACCACCAGGAUGUGGUGGUUGUCCUAUGAGUAAUACUGAUGAAAGUUCUUUAAAUAAUAUGCCGCCACCAAAUCAACAACCAUCACCUGGUCAACCAUUUGUAUUACCAACAAAAAGAGAAAUAUCAACAAUACCAAAAGCUCAUGAAAAUGGUUAUUGGGAGUAUCCAUCACCACAAAUGUUUUGGAAUGCAAUGAUUAAAAGGGGAUGGCGUUGGAAGGAAGAAGAUUUAUCACAAAAAGAUAUGGAAAAUAUAAUUAAAAUUCAUAAUUUAAACAAUGAGAGGGCUUGGCAAGAAAUUCUUAAAUGGGAAAGAGUUCUCCAUCCAGAGUGUGCCGAACCAAAGUUAAAAAGUUUCAAGGGUGAUCAUGAAAAGUUAUCCCCUAGAGCUCGUUUUUACAAACUUUUAGGUUACCCAGCUCCAUUUGAUAGGCAUGACUGGAUUGUUGAUAGAUGUGGAAUAAAAGAAGUUCGUUAUGUUAUUGAUUACUAUGAUAAUGGUUCAGGAAAAUUAAAAUCAAGAAAUUUAACACAUCUUGAUGUAAGGCCGGCACUUCAGGAUGCACAAAGCCUUUGGGAUCGUACUGUGGUUGCUUAUCAUAGUUUUAAACAAAACUACUUGGGUAUUACUCCUAAAUUUGUUAAAGAUUCAACUAAGAGUACUUAG